AUGGCGGGCCUGUUCGGCACCCAGGCCUCCACCAACACCAACGCCCCAGGCGACAUCUCAAAGGACGUAGCACUGAACCAACCCCCCGACGACAGUAUAUCCGACAUCCGCUUCUCACCCACUGCCGACUUCCUCGCCGUCGCCUCCUGGGACAAGAAGGUCCGUAUCUACCAAGUCGAUAGCAGCAGCGGCCAGAGCGAAGGCAAGGCCCAGAUCGAAUUCGAUGGCCCAGUGCUAGCAACUGCCUGGUCUGAAGAUGGCUCCAAGGUCGUCGGCGCCUCCGCAGACAAGACCUUCAAGAUGUUGGAUCUCGGCUCAAACAGCAUGACGCCUCAGAGCCUGACCGCCCACGACGAGCCCAUUAAGUGCGCCAGAUUCACAAAUAUCCAGAACACGCCCGUGCUGGUCACGGGCUCGUGGGACAAAAAGGUCAAAUACUGGGAUCUCCGCUCCGACAAACCCGCCGUCACAAUCGAAAACCAAGACCGCGUCUACACCCUCGACACCCGCGGCAAGCUCCUCGUCAUCGGCACCGCCGACCGCUACAUCAACAUCAUCGACCUCAACAAGCCCGAAUCCUUCUACAAGACCAUCCAAUCCCCACUAAAAUUCCAAACCCGUGUCGUCAGCUGCUUCACUCCCACACCGAACGGCUUCGCCAUCGGGAGUAUCGAGGGGCGGUGCGCCAUCCAGUAUGUCGAAGAGCGGGAUGCCUCCAAUAACUUCUCGUUCAAAUGCCACCGCGAAACAAACCCCAACAACAAAGACCAAUCCAACGUCUACGCCGUCAACGCCAUCUCCUUCCAUCCAGAGCACGGCACCUUCAGCACCGCUGGGAGCGAUGGGCAGUUUAAUUUCUGGGACGGACAGGCGAAGCAUCGCUUGAAGGGAUUCCCAAGCGCAGGCGCACCCAUCACAGCGACAGACUUCAACCGCCAAGGCACGAUCUUCGCGUAUGCACUGAGCUAUGACUGGUCUCAGGGGUUUCAGAAGAACACGGCGCAGCAGCCACACAAAGUAAUGCUUCACGCUGUCAACCAGGAUGAGGUCAAGCCGCGACCGAAGGCGGGCGGGAAGCGUUAG